AUGUCUGAUCCUGCAGGCCUGGCCAGCAGCGAUGAGGAGGGGCUGCCCAAUGGCGGCGACGGCACCAGAGGCCGCCAGCGGAUCCAGCGGGACUACAGCGACGCCCGAUUGGAGCGGGUGGCCGCCUACACGACGACCACAAUGCGCCUCAAACCGGAUAAAUGGACCAAAAUGAUGGCCACCGAUGAGAUGCGACGUAUUGUUUUGGACUGGCUGCUGGGCCACACCCGAGUCCUGGUAGUAACACUUAGUCCUGGCGGCGAUCUGGUUCCCAGGAGUGGCCUGAGUGACUUGUACUUGCCGUUCACGGUCCCCAGCACCCGGCCAGCAGUUCCCUCUGAUCCUUUGCAACUAGAGGACGAUGCAAUGGCCUCUGCAACGGCCGCGGUGUCCGCUGUGGUGUCUGCCACGCCGGGCGCCCUGCUAGUGCCUCUACCACCCGCUUCCUCCAGCUUCACCACCCUCGACGGAGUGCCGCGGGGCAAGUGCGCCUACUUUGUGCGACGUAAUAGUUCUGGAGGACCUCUGACAGUGGGAAAUUUUUCGGAGGAGGUGCUGUACGGGGACUUUCCAGUCCACAGCAAAAUAGAGACCAUGUCGCUGUUGUUUGAUGAAGUGCUCCAACCGCUCCUGGAACAGGCCCAGAAUCAAUGGCCGGCAGUUGUGCGCAAAGACCUGCAGGCGCGCAUCAAGGAAGUAAGGAACACUCUAACCGAGAUUAAGGGCAAAACCAACAAUCGCACAAUUUUAUCGUUAUUAGUUUCGCCAACAAUCGUCGAGGAAGUGUUUGCCCACGUGAGCCAAGGCCACCUGAGACCUGCUCAGGACCCUAAAUUCCGGAAUCUUCUCGAAGAGAUGUUCAUCAACUGGACCACCCAGAUGCACGACAUAGUGGUGGAACGUUCCGAGUGUCAGGCCCUCGGAUCGUCCUCCCCCAUUUCGCAGUCCGCCCACCCUGCCAAGCACAUCACCUUCGUUUCCCUGCCAGCCCAGGAGAUUGCCUUCUGGACGAACAGAAAGCUAAAUCUGCAGAAUAUCUACGAACAGCUGCGGGAGCCAACACACAAGAUUUUAUCCCAGAUUCUUGAACGUAUCGAAUCGGUAUAUCACCGGCCAUAUGCCAACGCAUUCCGACAGCUCGUGGCCGCCUGGCUAGAGGCCCAGGACGUCUCGCUCUGGCUGCAGCCACUCCUCCGCCAGACUUCCGCCUUUAAUUCGGUGCAAUUUUGCAACGGCCACGACUUGGUCACCCCGCUCGUCCACGUGCUGCACCUGGUGUGGACCAAUGCAACUUACUACCGCAGCACCCAGAGGAUGAGUGUCCUGCUGCGCUGCAUCUGCAACAUGAUGGUACAUCGCGCCUCCGAGGAUCUCGAAUUUCCACUGCUCUUCCAGGGUGAUGCCGAUGAGGGUCUAAUUAAAAUAAAUCGAACUAUCGAAGUACUGGAGCUUUUCAAACAACGCAUUCUUGACUACAAAGAACGCUAUGCAGGACAUCAUGUCCUUUUGCCCGCCCUUCCGGGUGGAGCUGCAGCUGCUGCCCCUUCCCCACCACCAGAUGACUUACCUCAGCUGUGGCGCUUCUGCCACGAGGAUGUGUUUGGGCAAACACUCGAUGGCUUCUCGGCCCAGCUGCUGGAGCUUCGACAGGUGUUCGAGGCUGCGGUACAAUUUCAGCAACUCGAGAAGCUGGAAGUUGGGGGUCUUCGGGGUAAACUCCUCACAGAUAGGAUUAGGGAGAUCUUUGCGGAGUUUAAAGUGCUUUUCGAGCAGUGGAGCAAUGUAGACAUCGAUCUAACUGCCACCCAGGCCAGCAAGUGGCGCUGCUUCCGACGCGAGCAGGCCCUUUUCUUCGGCAGGAUGCAGCUAUUGGAACAGAAACUGGCCACCGUCUUGCUCCAGGCCUUCGAGCAGUGUCACAGCUGGACGCACUUGCUUCGGCUGACACUGAUGUUUGGCGGACUCUUGUAUCGCAGUGCCGUGCAACCGGAGCUGGCCCCUGUCCUGCCACACAUUCUGAAAAUUUACGACUUGGAACUGGAGCAGCUGGAGACCAGUGUCACCGAGGUGCUGCUGGGCUAUGAGAUCCGAGGUCUAGUUGCUCUGCCAAUGGCCAAUAAUUUCCCACCCAUUGCCGGGGCUAUGACUUGGCUGGAACAACACAUAAGCCGAUGCGAUGAGCUUGGAGCCAAGGAGUUGAAUCAUUUGAUUGACCAACUUCUUCAAGAGAAAUCCGAACUACAAACCCUGCCUCUGAAGUGGGACUCUUUACUUUCGCGUCGCAAUAUUUUAACCACAAAGCUCAGCAAUCUGCAGAUGAAAAUCUGGACCAAUUGGCUGGAGGGCAUUGAGAAGCAAAUCGUGCAAGGACUCGACGAGUCAGUGCUCUCCCAGCCGGAGGACAGAAGCCAACUAAACCUAAACUUCUCGCUGGUGCUGUUCACCCUGCUGAAGGAGACGAAAUAUCUUUUGGCCCUACAGGCUACUGGAAGUCUGAGCGGCGAUCUCUUUCAGCUGCCGGAACCGCUUCUGGAGCUCUACGACCAGAGGGAUGCUUACUGGGAGCGCCGCAUACGUUUAAUCAAAAUUGGAGAGUUUUAUAAUGGUAUUCGAUCCGGGGAAUGUGCGGCAGCUGAGCUCCAGUUAAUCCGCAAUGAGUUGGCGGCCAUUGAUGAGCAGGUGGGAGUGGCCUGCCAGAAGCUAACGUGGAGAGAAUAUGACGACCUCCUUGUGGCUGGAAUAUUUGAACAAAGCCGGGAUUUAUUUUCCCGCCUGCAGCAGUCUCACGGAAAUCUAGAUGCCAUUCUGACCAGCAUGCGCCGCUGGAGUCGCGAGCCACUGCAUCAGCGUAGCUUAUACGGCCGGAAUCUCCUGGAUCUGCGCCACCAGCAGGAUCGAGUGCGUCUGCGAUUGCUGCAGUGCGAUGAAACCAAAAUGCUACUAAACCGACUGCUAAUAGCCAACUUUUGUCUGUUUUUUAACUAUGAAUCGCAGGAGUUUCAGUUAUAUUCCAGAGAUCUUAGUGUUCAGGAGUUUGUGAGGGAGUUCCCCAAAGAACAGAGGCAACAGUACAAUAAAUAUUUGGCCAGCGUGGAUGAACUAAUUUGCCGCGAAGUGCGCCAGGCGAUGAGAAUAAGUUUAGAGUAUUUGUACAAAGAAAUGACAGCAACGUCAGCGGCAACAGGGCAGCCGCCUUCGUCACCAGCGUCGGAGCUUACUUCUUUAUCGGGUGGCAUGGCAAGGUUAGUGCUACAGCAAAUCACAGUGCCACAAGCAACAGGAACAACUGCAACAUCGGCAACAGCAACAGCAACAGCCACAUCAACGACAGUCAACGAUGCUCCACUCUUCGAAGUAAAAUUGGAGCUGACGGAAACGGAAAUACGCUUUUCGCCCGCCUUUGAUGCGAGUGUGGAAAAUAAUUUUCAACAAAUUGUGGAGCAGCUGUUGCUCGAUAUAAAACAGACAUGCGACUGCAUGCCAAGAAUUGUGGCUGACAACGCCCUGUCAGAGGAUGAUGAAGACGACGACGCAAACACGGCCGCGACGUUGGAGUCCCUGGGGGAUCAGGACGAAAAGGAGCCGGAAUGCGCGGAUCCAAAGCCGCAGGCCGUGCAGUUCAACCUACUGGCAGCUGCCAAGGCGUAUAGCCAAAAAGUGGAACUCACCGCCGAUGGCCUAGAAAUGCUGGAGAAGGCGAUUCGCUAUGCCCUGGCGGAUACGGUGGAGGCGGCUACGGCUUACGCUGCCAAAUUCCACGCCUAUGCGUUCCUGUGGACCCAAAAAAGUGGCGACGUCCUGGCCGCCUGCAUGCAGAGGGCCAAGGAGCAGACGCAACACGCCAGUGGCCGAGGCUAUGCCAUCAUGGAAACGUUCAAAAAAGAGAUUGAGAACUACAACGAAGUGCACGACGCCAUUGACCAGUGCGAGAACCGGGAGUGCAUCAAUGGCUGGCUGGCCCUUGACCUCAAGCCUCUCAAAUACGGCCUCCUUAAUCUGGCCUGCAAGUGGUCGCAUCUAUGCAAGCAGUGGCUACUCCGCUACGUCCAGGGAACACUGAAAGAGCUAAACGCCUUUAUUGCCCGUGGCCACGAAACUCUGCAGCUGCACAUCGCCCGCCACGACUUCAAGGCCCUGCUCCGGGUACUUGGCAUCAUGGCAGAGAUCCGGCAGCGAGAGCCAUACGCCGACAAUGUCUUCAAGCCGCUCAAGGACAUUAUGGGCCUGCUGAAGACCUACAACGUGGAGUUCGAGCCACAGCUGCUGCGAGGCAUCGAGCAACUGCCCCUCCAGUGGCAGCAACUGAAGCACAGCAGCACCGUGAAGCAGGAGGCGCUGCAGGACACACGAUUCCACCAGCAGCAGCGCGUGUCGGCUCUGAUUGGACUGCACACCUGCCACCUGCAACACUACGCCAGGCAGUUCCAAAGGAUGCCAUUCUUUCGAGUGCCCUGUCCAAACGUCUAUGAAGCCUGCGAUGAGGUCUACGUGCGGCUGCACCGCUUCGGACGCCAGCAGCGUCUCUACACCCGCUGGGCUCGCCUCCUGGACAUCACGGCACCCGACUCCGCCUGUCUGCAGGUGUGCGAGGUAGAGCUGAGGAGAGUCAAGCAAUUGUGGGACUUUGUGCGCGUCAUCGAGUCCUGCAUCGUGGACUGGCACUCAACCCCCUGGCUGCUCAUCGACACCGACGAAAUGGAGCACGAGUGCAAGAAGUUCACCCGCGACCUGCGCACCCUGGACAAGUGCAUCCGCGACUGGGCGCCCUACGUGCACAUUGUGGCCGUGCUGCGCGAGCUGGUUGCCUCACUGAGGGCCAUCACCGAGCUACAGAAUCCGGCAAUUACGGAGCGCCAUUGGAUGGAGUUGAUGCAGCUGACAAAGACCUCUUACAAGAGUAACAAAUCAACAAGCUUGGCCCAACUCCUCACCCUGAAGCUUCAACACCAUGAAGAGGACAUAAAAAACACCGUGGAUCGUGCCAUCAAGGAGAUGACUGUGACCAAGGUUCUCGAUGAGAUUAAGGCCACCUGGGCUCAUUUGGAGUUCGAGCUGGAACAGCACCACACCCGGCCCCAUAUCCAGUUGCUGAAGGUCUCCGAGGAACUAAUCGAAACCCUGGACGACAACCAGAUGCAGUUGCAAAACAUUUCCACCUCGAAACACAUCGAGUACCUCCUAGACAAGCUUACCCACUGGCAGAGGGUUCUGGGCGGCAUCGACACCCUCAUUGUUAACUGGUUCGAGGUGCAGCGGAAGUGGAUCUACCUGGAAUGCAUCUUUAUUGGAUCGGCAGAUAUCCGGGCCCAACUGCCGGCAGAUGCGGCAAACUUUGAGAAGAUAGAUGCUGAUUUUACGGAACUUCUGGGCAAGGUAAGCCACGUUCGGGUGGUAAUGCAAGUAGUCUUGCACCAUGACGAUGUUCUGGCUCAACUGUUGCAGUUGCAACAGCGACUAGCGGUCUGCGAGAAGGCCUUGAACGAUUAUCUGGAAACGAAGCGUCUGGCCUUUCCCCGCUUCUACUUCAUCUCGGCCGCCGACCUGCUGGACAUCCUCUCGAAUGGAAACAAUCCGCAGGUUAUCGACCGACACCUGAUCAAGUUGUUCGACUCGAUCCUGCGGCUUGAGUACGACACUAAUACUCCCAAUGCCGUGGGAAUGCACUCCAAGGAGAAUGACGAGUAUGUGCCCUUUGUAUCGGCGGAUCAGAAUCAGCCCGCAUUCAUUGAAUGUAGCGGAAGGGUGGAGCUCUGGCUGAGAGCCAUCAUUCAGCAAAUGCGCAGCACUUUGCACGAGCUAUUUCGACGUGCCCUGAAGGUUUUCGGGGAGAAGCCCCGGGAGCAGUGGCUCUACGACUGGCCCGCCCAGGUGGCGCUCUGCUGCAGUCAAAUAAGCUGGACGGCGGAUGUGAACCGGUCCUUUGGCUGCAUGGAGGAGGGCUACGAGGGCGUCAUGAAGGAACUACACAAACGACAAAUCGCCCAGCUGAACGCUCUUAUCAAUUUGCUCCUCGGCGAGCUGUCGCCCGGAGAUCGACAGAAGAUCAUGACAAUCUGCACUAUAGAUGUUCAUUCGCGAGAUGUGGUGGGCAAGAUCAUUGCCGCCAAGGUGGACAACUCCCUGGCCUUCCAGUGGCAGAGUCAGCUGCGUCACAGAUGGGAUGACGACCAGGCUGGCAGCUCCAGUGGCAGGGCAAGCACAGCCAUCAGCUGUGGAAGCGGAGACGAGGACUGCUUUGCCAACAUCUGCGAUGCGGAAUUCCGGUAUGCCUACGAGUAUCUGGGAAAUACAUCCCGCCUGGUAAUCACUCCACUCACAGAUCGCUGCUAUAUAACCCUAACGCAGUCGCUGCGAUUGCGGUUGGCCGGUGCAACCGCAGGACCUGCUGGAACCGGAAAAACAGAAACAACCAAGGACCUGGGACGCGCCCUGGGCGUAAUGGUUUAUGUCUUCAACUGCUCGGAGCAAAUGGACUACAAAUCUUGUGGCAACAUUUACAAAGGGCUGGCCCAGACUGGUGCCUGGGGCUGCUUUGACGAGUUCAAUCGCAUCUGCGUCGAGGUCCUGUCCGUGGUGGCCGUCCAGGUGAAGACCAUACAGGAGGCAAUAAAGAUGCAUAAAACCCAAUUUAUCUUUAUGGGCGAGCGCAUUUCGCUGGAGCCGUCGGUUGGAAUUUUUAUCACCAUGAAUCCGGGAUACGCCGGCCGGACAGAGCUGCCGGAGAACCUGAAGACCCUGUUCCGGCCGUGCGCCAUGAUUGUUCCGGACUUUGCUUUGAUUUGUGAGAUUAUGCUAAUGGCCGAGGGCUUCCAGGACGCCCGUCUGCUGGCCCGAAAAUUUAUCACCCUGUACACGCUGUGCAAGGAGCUGCUAUCCAAGCAGGAUCACUACGACUGGGGUCUGCGGGCCAUCAAGUCGGUGCUGGUGGUGGCCGGCACCCUCAAGAGGGACGACCACAGCCGGCCGGAGGAUCAGGUGCUGAUGCGAGCACUGCGCGACUUCAAUAUCCCCAAGAUUGUCACGGAGGACGUGCCCAUAUUUAUGGGUCUGAUUGGCGACCUAUUUCCGGCCCUGGAUGUGCCCCGCAAGAGAGUCUUCGAGUUCGAGAAGACGAUACGGAGAGCGGUAAACGAAAUCAAGCUGCAGCCGGAAGAGGGGUUCCUUAUGAAGGUGGUCCAACUUCAGGAGCUUCUCGAUGUCCGGCAUUCUGUAUUCAUAGUGGGAAAUGCCGGCACUGGCAAGACCAAGAUCUGGCAAACCCUGCAAGAAACCUACCGGAUCCAAAAAAUGAAACCAGUCUGUCACGUCCUCAAUCCCAAGGCCUUGUCCAACGACGAACUGUUCGGCAUUGUGAAUCCCACGACGCGGGAGUGGAAAGAUGGCCUCUUUUCCUCCAUCAUGCGGGAGCAGGCGAACAUGCCGCCUGGGAAUCCAAAGUGGAUUGUCCUAGACGGGGACAUUGAUCCCAUGUGGAUCGAGAGCUUAAACACUCUGAUGGACGAUAACAAAAUUCUCACAUUGGCCAGCAACGAAAGAAUCUCUCUCAAAAAGGAGAUGCGGCUCCUCUUCGAAGUAGGACAUCUGAAGGCUGCCACUCCGGCCACAGUUUCACGAGCUGGCAUCCUGUACAUCAAUCCCCAAGACUUGGGCUGGUCUCCAUAUGUUUCUUCUUGGCUGGAGACCCGAGUGGAUAUGAUAGAGAGGGGCAUCCUGACUACAUUGUUCGAGAAAUAUUUUCCAUGCCUAAUGCAGCGACAUCGCGAUUUUCGCCGCAUCACUCCCAUUACGGACAUGGCCAUGAUUCAGAUGACCUGCUACCUUCUUGAAUGUCUUCUGGACAGCGAUACCGAUGGCAAUGAUGGCCGUGGUGGAGCUGGAUCCGCCGUAAAUCCGCAUGGCUUGCAGCACGGUGAGCUCUCGCACGAGGCCAUGGUGAUGGCCUUAGAAACCAUCUUCGUGUACGCCACUGUUUGGAGUUUUGGCUCAGCCCUCAGCCAGGACGUAAUCAUUGACUGGCACCGCGAAUUUCACAAAUGGUGGAUUGGAGAGUUCAAGGACAUCAAGUUGCCCAGCCAGGGCACAGUUUUCGACCAUCAAUUGAAUGUGCAAACCCUAAAAUUUCAACCCUGGACUGAGCUGGCUGCCCAGGAUCAAUUGGAUGGCCAAAUUGAUUCCGAGACUCCGCUACAGAACAUACUUAUAUCUACGGCGGAAACCACUCGCCUGGCUUAUUUUCUCAAACUCCUCAUCGACCGCAACUUGGCCUGUAUGUUAGUUGGUAGUUCUGGCUGUGGCAAGGGUGCCAUUUUCCGAGAACUCUUCAGCCAGUACGCCAAUGACCAGGAACUCCUUGAAGUGGCUGUUACCACGGUUUCGGCUUCAGAAAGCAAUCACCAGCCAGCAAUUCAAACGGCAAACGCACCAGGCGUGCGGCGCAAGGCGUCCUCCUCGGCUACUCCGCUUCUGACCACCGUUCAGGCCACCCACUUUAAUUUCUACACCAGCUCGGAGAUAUUCCAGAAGAUGCUCGACCGACCACUGGAAAAGAAGUCUGGAAGAUGCUACGCCCCCAGUGGUCCCAAACGAAGACUUGUAUACUUUGUAAAUGACCUAAACAUGCCGGAAGUAGAUGCUUAUGGAACAGUACAGCCACACACAAUAAUGCGGCAGUUUAUGGACUACAGGCAAUGGUACGACCGACAAAGGCUGCAGCUAAAGGACAUCCGUCACUGCCAGUUCGCGGCUUGUAUGAAUCCCACAGCCGGAUCAUUCACUAUUGAUCCCCGACUGCAACGCCACUUUUGUGUGUUUUCGGUUGCUCCGCCGAGCGAGGAUACGCUGCAGUAUAUUUACGGCAGUAUCCUGGCCAGUCACCUGGAAAGCCCUGGCCAAGGAUUCAGCAAAGAGAUCCGGUCCAUCGGCAGUUUGCUGGUGCGGGUGGGAAUUGCCCUUCAUCGGCGGGUGGAGUACGCUUUUCUGCCCACCGCCGUAAAGUUCCACUAUCUGUUUAAUCUCCGGGACUUGACGGGUAUUUACCAAGGGCUGAUGAAUAGUGUGGGAGCCCCAGCCUCGGCGGGGGGAGCAAACACUGGCUAUGGGGGAACCAUUUGCAGCCGGCCCUCGGAACUGAUGCGCCUCUACGUCCACGAGGCCUUUCGGGUCUAUCAUGAUCGACUAGUGGAUCCCUAUGAUAUCAAAUCAUUUAAAUCAUCCAUCAGAGAUAUUUUUAAGAAGGAUUUCGAGGACUUUGAUGAGGAUUUUGUGUUUGCAGAACCGCUGAUCUAUAGCCACUUUGCCCAGUCGCUGGUGGAUCAGAAAUACAUGCCCCUCAAGAGCUGGGACUCUCUUUACUCGCUUCUUAUUGAAGCCCAGGCAAGUUAUAAUGAGGUGGUGGGGUACAUGAAUUUGGUCCUUUUCGAGGAUGCCAUGAUACACGUUUGUCGCAUAAAUCGCAUUCUGGAGAAUCCUCGGGGUAAUGCUCUCCUUAUAGGCGUAGGAGGCUCUGGCAAACAGACUCUGGCCCGCCUAGCCGCCUUUAUUUCCUCCCUUAGUGUCUCCCAAAUUCAAAUCAAGCGGGGCUUCGGCCUUCUAGAUAUGAGAGAAGAAAUCGCCAGUCUGUACAUGAAGGUGGGCCUCAAGAAUUUGGCCUCGGUAUUCCUCAUCUCAGACGCUCAGAUACCCGACGAAUCGAUACUAAUGCUGAUAAAUGAUCUGCUGGCAUCUGGGGAGAUACCCGAACUCUUCAACGACGACCAGAUGGACACCAUUACCAAUGGAAUUCGCAACGAGGUGAAACAAAGUGGCACCCUGGACACCAAGGACAAUUGCUGGAGGUAUUUCGUGGAGAAAGUCAGACGGCUGCUGAAAGUGGUGCUGUGCUUUUCGCCCGUGGGGCAGACUCUGCGUGUCCGGGCUCGGAAAUUUCCGGCCAUCAUCAGCCGGACGGCCAUCGACUGGUUCCACGAGUGGCCCAAAAGCGCCCUGGAGUCCGUUUCCCAGAAGUUCCUCAACGAAAUCAGUGGCAUUUUGGAGCCCGCCCUCGUGCCGCCCAUCGGGUGCUUUAUGGCUUACGUCCACGGCACUGUGAAUCAGAUAUCGAGAAUUUAUCUGCAGAAUGAAAAACGCUACAACUACACGACCCCGAAAACUUUUCUGGAAUACAUUUUCCUCUACCGCAAACUGUUGGUGGACAAAAACGGCGAGUUUGCGGAGCGCAUUGCCCGGCUCCAGAGCGGAAUGGCCAAGCUGGCGGAGUGCGCCCGUCAGGUGGACACUCUGAAGCAUCAACUGGCAAUCCAAGAGGUCCAAUUGGCGGCCAAGAACGCUGCUGCCGACAAGCUGAUUGUGAUCGUAAGCGCCGAGAGUGAGAAGGUGAAGAAGGAGCGGUACAUCGCCUCCGAGGAGGAGAAGCGGGUUCGCAUCAUCGAGGAGGAUGUCUCCAUCAAGACCAAGAUGUGCGAGGAGGAUCUUAGGCAGGCGGAGCCUGCUCUGGUGGCCGCCCAAGCUGCCCUCAACACGCUGAAUAAGAACAAUCUCACCGAAUUAAAGUCCUUUGGAUCACCUCCCAAGGCGGUCAUUAAUGUCUGUGCUGCCGUGAUGGUCUUGCUGGCCAGCAAUGGGAAAAUCCCAAGGGAUCGGAGCUGGAAGGCUGCCAAGCUGAUGAUGGUGCGAGUGGAUCAGUUCCUCAAUGAUCUUUUGAACUACAAUAAGGACAACAUACAUCCCAAUAUCAUUGAAACCCUACAGGAGUAUCUUAAGGACCCCGAAUUUAAUCCAGACAAAGUAGUGCAGAAAUCAGUAGCCGCCGCAGGGCUGUGCGCCUGGGUAAUUAAUUUACAUCGCUACCAUCAGGUUUUCUUGAUCGUCGGGCCCAAACAACAGGCUCUGCAGGACUCGCAGCAGGAGCUAUUGGAGGCACGCGAACGGCUGCAGUAUCUGAAGGCGAAAAUCAACAACUUGGAGGCGAAGCUGGCCGAGAUUCAGGCCGAGUUUGAGAACGCGGUGGCCGAGAAGCAAAGGUGCCAGCGGGAGGCGGACAAGACCUCCUUCACCAUUGACCUGGCCCACCGGCUGGUCAACGGACUGGCCAACGAGAACAUCCGGUGGAAAGAGUCCGUGCAGAGCCUGCAGGCCAAGAUUGGUACCCUGCCCGGAGAUAUACUGUUAAUUUCCUCGUUCCUGUCGUACGUGGGCUGUUUCACGCGGCGCUACCGGGAGGAGCUGCAGCACAAGAUGUGGCUGCCGAACUUUCGCAAAAUCGAUCCCCACAUUCCGCACACCGAGGGCGUGGACACCUUGGCUCUCUUCUCCGACGACGCCCAGAUAGCCGCCUGGAACAACGAGGGUCUGCCCAUGGAUAGGAUGUCCACCGAGAACGCCACCAUUCUCCAGUACUCCACCCGAUGGCCAUUGAUGAUUGAUCCGCAGCUGCAAGGCAUCAAAUGGAUCAAGAACAGGUUUGGGGUCUCUUUGGUGGUUCUCCGACUGCGGCAAAAAGGAUUCCUGGAGGCCCUAGAGAAGAGUAUUUCCCAUGGCGACACUGUCCUCAUAGAGCAAAUUGAGGAAACGAUGGACACAGUUCUGGAGCCGCUACUCAGUCGGGCCUUGAUUAAGAAGGGUCGCUACCUGCGUAUCGGUGACAAGGAAAUCGAGUUCAACCCCAACUUCCGGCUCAUCCUGCACACCAAGCUGGCCAAUCCCCACUACAAGCCGGAAAUGCAGGCCCAAACGACGCUUAUAAACUUCACUGUCACACCGGACGGACUCGAGGAGCAGCUGCUGGCGGAAGUGGUGAAAAUCGAGCGUCCGGACUUGGAGCAGAUGAAAACGGAGGUCACGGUCCAGCAGAACAAGUUCAAGAUCUCACUGAAAGCCUUGGAGGACGAGCUGCUGGCCCGUUUGGCGUCAGCCGGGGAAAAUGUCCUGGAUGACCACGCUCUGGUCCUGAAUUUGGAGAACACAAAGCGCACGGUGGACGAGAUCGAGGCCAAGGUGCGGGAAGCAAGAGUAACAACAUUGCAGAUUGACGAAACCCGGAAUAUAUACAGAUCGGCGGCUAAGAGGGCUGCCAUCCUAUACUUUGUUCUCACUGAUUUGAGUCGCAUUAAUCCAAUUUACAAGUUCUCCCUAAAAUCCUUCAUGCAUGUUUUCCGACAGGCCAUUGCCCUUGCCGCCGAAUCGAAGAACUAUGAGCGGAGGGUGCUCCACUUGGUGGACUCCAUCACCCUGCAGACCUAUCGAUACACACUACGCGGGCUAUUUGAAGCUGAUAAGCUCACCUUUACUUCGCACAUGACCCUGCGCAUCCUCAUUGCCGCCGAACAGGUGGCCAAAGACGAGACGGACUUCCUAUUGAGAUAUCCCCAUGAUCCCACUACCCUGUCGCCCUUGGAUUUCGUGGGCCGCAGUGCUUGGGGUGGGAUAAAGUCCCUGACCCUGAUUGAACACUUCUACGGCAUCGACAAGGACAUGGAGAACUAUACAAAGCGCUGGCGCAAGUUUAUGUCCAGCGAUACUCCGGAACGGGAACAAUUCCCCGGCGAGUGGAAGCACCGCACGCCGCUUCAGAAACUGUGCAUUAUCCGGGCGCUGCGACCGGAUCGGAUGACCUAUGCCAUGCGUCAGUUUGUGGAGCAAACAAUGGGAAAGUCUUAUGCGGAGGUGCAAACCCCUCCGUUUGGGGCCAUCUUCCAGGAACUAAAUGCAGCGACUCCUGCCUUUUUCAUCCUUUCGCCCGGAGUGGAUCCCAUCCGGGAUGUGGAGAGCUUCGGCAAGCGGCAGGGCUUCCAUGCGGAGGCUGACACCUUGGUGAACAUUUCCCUAGGGCAGGGUCAGGAGCUGCUGGCCGAGCAGGCAAUUAUUCAGGCCCUGGAGUCCGGACAGCAGUGGGUAAUCCUGCAAAACAUCCACCUCGUAGUCAACUGGCUCCCUACCCUGGAGAAGCUCAUAGAGCGCAUUGUUCUGCAAAGUGAGACGCAGGGGGAAUCCAGUUUCCGGCUUUUUAUCAGCGCUGAGCCUGCUCCGGAUCCACAAUACCAUGUGAUACCACAAGGUAUUCUCGAGUCCUCGCUGAAGGUGGUGAAUGAACCGCCAGCUGGGAUGGAGGCCAACCUACAUAAGGCCUGGGACAAUUUCUCACAAGAUGCUCUGGAAACAUGCACCCAGGAGGCGGAGUUCAAGUCCAUCCUGUUCGCGCUCUGCUAUUUCCAUGCUGUGGCUGGAGAACGACGAAAGUUUGGUCCUCAAGGCUGGAACAAGGUCUACCCCUUUAACAUUGGUGACCUGAUCAUUUCGGCCAAUGUGCUCCACAACUAUCUGGAGGGAAGUAAUCGCAUUCCCUGGGAGGAUUUGCGAUACCUGUUCGGGGAAAUCAUGUACGGUGGACAUAUCACCGACGACUGGGAUCGCCGACUCUGCCAGACUUAUUUGGAGGAGUUACUGCAGCAAGACCUGAUAGAUGGGGAUUUUGAAUUGUGCCCGGGAUUUCCGGCUCCACCCAAUCUGGAUUUCGAUGGCUAUCACUCGUAUAUUACCGAAAUGCUGCCGGAGGAGAGCCCACUGCUGUAUGGUCUGCAUCCAAAUGCAGAGAUUGGCUUCCUGACCACAGCCUCCGAGCAACUGCUGCGCACCAUCUUCGAGCUUCAGCCGAGGGAGUCGGAGCUGAGCUCACAUUGCGGCGCACCCCGGGAGGAGCUGGUGAAAAUUAUGAUUGACGACUUCCUGGACAAGCUGCAGGACGAGUUCAAUCUCCAGGCUCUUCUCAAUCGAGUCGAAAGGAAAACUCCGUUUGUGGUCGUGGCCCUGCAAGAAUGUGAGCGAAUGAACGCACUUAUCCGAGAAAUAAAGCGAUCUCUGCGAGAAUUGAUGCUGGGUUUGAAGGGAGAACUGACUAUCACCCAGGAAAUGGAGCGAUUGGACCACGCGAUCUUCUACGAUCAUGUCCCAGGGGCGUGGGCUCGACUGGCAUAUCCCAGCAUGCUGGGCCUGCAGUCCUGGUUUUCCGACCUACUACACCGCAUCAAGGAGCUAGCGGGCUGGCUCAACGACUUCAAGCUGCCGUGUGCCAUCUGGCUGGGAGGGCUCUUUAAUCCGCAGAGCUUCCUUACGGCCAUCAUGCAGGAAAGUGCCCGAAAGCACGACCUACCCCUAGACCGCAUGCUCAUCAGCUGCGAUGUUACCAAAAAACAAAAAGACGAUGUCACUUUGCCACCCAUGGAGGGCGCCUUUGUGCACGACCUGUACAUGGACGGCGCCAGCUGGGAUUGUCAGUUGAACUCCAUUGUAGCCCUGCGACCCAAGGAAAUGCUCUGCGCGAUGCCUGUCAUAUACAUCAAGUCCAUCGUCCAGGAGAAGCAGGAACUGCAGCGCGUCUACGAGUGUCCUUUGUACAAGACCCGGUCGCGUGGCAACACUUAUGUGUGGACCUUUAACCUAAAGACUCGUGAACGCCCCUCGAAGUGGAUCCUGGGCGGAGUGGCGCUUUUACUGCAGCCAUAAAUAACUCUCUCGGAUU